UUGCGUCGAAGGGGAGGCAAAAGCCAUUUUGUUGUGCUAGCUGUCUAGCUAGCGACGAAGUGAUGGAGUAUCUGAAAUUGUACUCAGCUUUUAAUUGUUCACGUCUAUAGAACCAUGCCUAUAUAGUAACCCUUCCGUUAGUAUUUGCCAAUCUUUUAACAUCGGCUCGGAAUGAAGUUGUGGAAAUACUCGUUUGGAAUUUAAUUUGCACCUCUCGCUGCUUAGCUAGCCAAUGCUUGAUAACAACGGCAGCUAGCUAAGUUACCGCUCGCUUGUACAAAAUAGCCAUCUAUCUGACGUUACUAGCUAAAUAGCUAGCUGCAACCUGCUUUUAAACUUUCCCAGAGUUAGACUGCUAGGAAGAUAUUUUGCUAUCUAUGCUGAUUCGAGUAAGCGAAUGUAGCUUACUCAUGGUGCUCGGUGUGCUAUUUUAAGAUACAGAUUCAGUGGUUGAAAAUACUGGUUGUGUAACAUUAGCCAAUCAACUUUUGAAUAAGAAACGCUAGCAUAGCACAAUAGCAGCUAGAUAUCUAUAUCUGGACAGUGCAGCUGCACUGUGUGACAGAGACAGGCUAGAACUGUCACCGAACUUCAUAACAACGGCAGCGGCCUUAUGUGCAUAAGCUCAUAAUGGCAGAAGAUAUAAGACAGGACAAGAAAGCCAAUUUUUCUGCUCUGACUGAGCACAAUAACAACGGAGUGACGAGGACAUCAGCGUUGGCCUCCAACAAAACUGGCGCCUCAAAGAAAUUAAUCAUAAAAAAUUUCAAAGACAGGCCAAAGCUGGCAGAAAACUACACAGAGGACACAUGGCUGAAACUGAGAGAUGCAGUUGGUGCCAUCCAAAACAGCACCUCCAUCAAGUACAACCUGGAAGAACUCUAUCAGGCUGUGGAGAAUCUGUGCUCUUAUAAGGUCUCCCCCACACUCUACAAGCAGCUUCGGCAGGUCUGUGAGGAUCACGUCCAGGCCCAGAUCCACCAGUUUCGAGAAGAGUCCUUGGACAGCCUGUCCUUCCUGAAGAGGAUGAAUCGGUGCUGGCAAGACCACUGCAGACAGACGAUCAUGAUCCGGAGCAUCUUUCUGUUUCUGGACCGCACCUAUGUGCUGCAGAACUCCCUCCUUCCUUCAAUCUGGGAUACCGGUCUGGAACUGUUCCGCACCCACAUCGUGAGCGACAGCGCGGUCCAGACGCGCACGGUCGACGGGAUUUUGGAGCAGAUUGAGCGCGAGCGCAACGGCGAGACAGUGGACCGCAGCCUGCUGCGGAGUCUACUGGGCAUGCUCUCAGACCUGCAGGUGUACAAGGAGUCAUUUGAGGAGAGGUUCCUGACUGAGACUAACAGACUGUACGCUGCAGAGGGGCAGAGGCUGAUGCAAGAGAGAGAUGUCCCCGAGUACCUGCAUCACGUGGCACGUCGUUUAGAGGAGGAGAACGACCGCGUCAUCAGCUACCUCGACCAGAGCACACAGAAGCCACUCAUCUCCUGUGUGGAGAAGCAGCUGCUGGGAGAACACAUGACGGCCGUGCUUCAGAAAGGUCUGGGCAUCCUGCUGGAUGAGAACCGUGUGACCGAGCUGUCCCUUCUCUACCAGCUGUUCAGUAAGGUGAAGGGAGGACUCCCUACACUGCUGCAGUUCUGGAGAGACUACAUCAAGAGUUUCGGAGGGGAGAUCGUGGGGACCCCGGAGAAAGACAAGGACAUGGUCCAGGAGCUGCUCGACUUCAAGGACAAGAUGGACAACGUGGCCCAGGGCUGCUUCAACAGGAACGAGAGCUUCAUCAACGCCAUGAAGGAGGCCUUCGAGAGCUUCAUCAACAAGAGGCCCAACAAACCUGCCGAGCUCAUAGCUAAGUACGUGGACUCCAAACUGCGGGCGGGCAACAAGGAGGCCACCGAGGAGGAGCUGGAGAGGAUCCUGGACAAGAUCAUGAUCAUCUUCCGCUUCAUCCACGGUAAAGACGUGUUUGAGGCCUUCUACAAGAAGGACCUGGCCAAGCGGCUGCUUGUGGGAAAGAGUGCCUCCGUGGAUGCAGAGAAGUCUAUGCUGUCCAAGCUCAAACACGAGUGCGGAGCGGCGUUCACCUCCAAGCUAGAGGGGAUGUUUAAGGACAUGGAGCUGUCCAAAGAUGUCAUGAUUCAGUUCAAACAGUACACCCAGAACCAGAGUGAGCCCAGCAACAUUGAGCUGACGGUGAACAUCCUCACCAUGGGCUACUGGCCCUCCUACACCCCUAUGGAGGUCCACCUGCCUCCAGAGAUGGUGAAGCUGCAGGAGGUGUUCAAGCUGUUCUACCUGGGCAAGCACAGCGGCCGCAAGCUGCAGUGGCAGCCCACCCUGGGGCACGCCGUGCUCCGAACCCAGUUCAAAGAGGGUAAGAAGGAGCUGCAGGUGUCUUUGUUCCAGACCUUGGUGCUGCUCAUGUUCAACGAGGGGGAGGAGUUUAGCAUGGAGGAGAUCCGCUCAGCCACAGGCAUAGAGGAGGGCGAGCUGAGGCGCACGCUGCAGUCCCUGGCCUGCGGGAAGGCUCGCGUCCUCAACAAGAGCCCCCGGGGGAAAGACGUGGAGGACGGCGACCGCUUCAACUUCAACAACGACUUCAGACACAAGCUGUUCCGCAUCAAGAUCAACCAGAUCCAGAUGAAGGAGACGGUGGAGGAGCAGGUGAGCACCACGGAGCGUGUGUUCCAGGACAGGCAGUACCAGAUUGACGCGGCGGUGGUGCGCAUCAUGAAGAUGAGGAAGACCCUCAGCCACAACCUGCUGGUGUCGGAGCUCUACAACCAGCUCAAGUUCCCCGUCAAGCCGGGCGACCUGAAGAAACGGAUCGAGUCGCUCAUCGACAGAGACUACAUGGAGCGCGACAAGGAGAGCCCCAACCAGUACCACUACGUCGCUUGAGGAGGGGGGGCAAACGACCCCAUCCCGUCCCCACCCUCACAGCGGGUUCCACACAGCCCCCUGAUGCAGCCUGUCUCCCCAUGCCCCUCCUCUGGUGCCCCCUGCCUCACCCCAUCUCCCUGGGGCCUUGCUCAGAGAGAGCCAGGAGAGGCCAGAGGCCGACCGGCCAUGCCCACUCAACACCACCCUCAAAGGGGACUUUGGGCAGGGCAGGGUUGGGGGUGGUGAUGGAGAUGGAGGGUCCCGGGGUUUGUUUAGUGGGAGGCCUGCACAAAUCCUCUGCUGACGCUAAUGAACAGAAAAACUAGCACUUUCUGAUUUAUUUGUUGUUCUUUUCAGUUUGUUUUUUGGUUUGCGCUCCAUCCAUCUCUGAAUCUGUUCUGUCACAGUUUCCGCUGUCGUGGGCUCAUGUUGAAUUUUUUGUUUUGUUUUUCGUAGUUCAUCCAUGAGGUAACCUGCACUGGUCUGUUCCAAUCCCACAGCUGUGUCUUUAGAUUGGGCACAGGACCAGGGGUUGGCGGGUGGGGAGGGCGGCUUGAUUUGUUUGAGUGGUGGGUGUUGGGGAAGAGGGGUGGAUGUCACAUGGACAUGGACAAAGUGACGUGAAGGGCGGGGGGGGGGAGGGGGCGGGGGGGGAUGUGGAAAGGGGGGGUUGGGGAUGUAACACGGCUGAACAAAAGGACAUAACCACCUGGGUAUUUCCUUUUAGCUUUCUUCUGUAUUUUGACCAACACUGUCCACGCUCUGAUUUUUUUGUAGACCAGAUUGUAUUCUUUGUAAGAGAGAGAAACCUGACAAAAGCCUGAAUAAAUGGAUAUUUAAUGAA